AAAGAGCCUGGGCGGGCGGGCGCGCGCGCGGGGGCGUCCUCGGCCCCGCCCUCCGCACGCUCCGGCGCUUCGUCAGCGCGGCUGCCGACGUGGAGCCGGCCGAGGCCGCGGCCAAGGCGGAAGUAGCCCGAGCGGAGGAGCCGGAGACCUUCGCCGCUGCCGCUCUAGCACCCGCGGCCAUGGAGAGCUCCUUGGAGAAGAUGGUGGACCCUACCUUAGCAGAAAUGGGAAAGAAUCUCAAUGAGGCAAUGAAACUGCUUGAAGACAAUCAAAGGAAAGUUGAAGAAGAAAAUGAAAGUCACUACACAAGAAAGGACAUUCCUGGGCCGCUUCAAGGCAGCGGACAGGACAUGGUGAGCAUCCUCCAGCUAGUUCAGACCCUAAUGCAUGGCGAUGAAGAAGAAGAAUCGCUACAGUCUUAUCGGCUUCAGAAUGUGGGGGAGCAAGGUCACAUGGCUCUCUUAGGACACAGCUUGGCGGCUUAUAUUUCCGUCCUGGACAGAGACAGACUGAGAAAACUCACCACCAAAAUCCUUUCUGACACAACUCUGUGGCUCUGCAGGCUCUUCAGGUUUGAAAACGGGUCAGCCUAUUACCAUGAAGAUGAUCGCGAAGGGCUUUUGAAAGUCUGCAAGCUGGUGAUUCACUCCCGGUAUGAAGAUUAUGCCACCGAAGGCUUUAAUGCCUUAUAUAACAAGCAGCCAAUGGUUUACAUCAGUGCCGCAGCACGAACCGGCUUGAGCCAAUUCCUCUGUAGUCAGCUUGGCUUACCUCUUUCCUGCAUGUGCCGAGUGCCAUGCAACACGAUGUUUGGCUCCCAGCAUCAAAUGGAUGUCGCUUUGUUGGACAGACUGAUCAAGGAGGACCUUGAAUCUGGAAAGCUGCCUAUAUUACUGGUGGCCAAUGCUGGCACCCCUGGGGCAGGCCACACAGACAAACUCGGUCGACUGCGGGAACUCUGCGAGCAGCACGGCAUGUGGCUCCACGUCGAAGGGGUGAAUCUAGCGACUCUAGCUUUGGGUUACGUCUCGUCUUCCAUAAUGGCCGCAACCAAAUGUGACAGCAUGACACUGACGCUCGGACCCUGGUUGGGUCUUCCAGCAGUGCCUGCGGUGACUCUCUAUAGACAGGAGGAUCCUUCAUUGUCCUUAGCAGCAGGCCUGACCUCCAGCCAGGUGGUAGAGAAAUUGCGUGCUUUGUCUCUCUGGCUCUCCUUGCAGUAUCUGGGCCACGAUGGAAUCGUGCAAAGGAUUAAACAUGCCUCCCAACUGAGUCAACGGCUACUGGAGAACCUGAAGAACCAAGAUUUUAUUCGAACCUCAGUUGAAGAUGAAUUUAGCUCUCCUGUGGUGGUGUUCAAGUUUUCUCCAGAAAAGUCGCAUAUAGAUCAGAUGCUAUACGCUGCGCAAUCGUCUGCGGUCACCGGGAAUGAGAGAGACGUUUGCGAUACCUUUAACCAGUGGCUUGGAGAACAGUUGGCUCAGUUGGUCCCUGCCAGCGGGGUGGAUCUGGUUGAUCUGGAGGACGAAGGCACCUGCGUGCGUUUCAGCCCUUUAAUGACUUCUGCAGUUUUAGGAACUGAAGUUCAAGAUGUAGAUCAGUUGAUGGACUGCUUAAAAAUGAAGGUCCCAGUUCUGAACUGCACUUUACAGCUGAGAGAGGAAUUCGAACAGGAAGUGAAAAGAACCGUCGGCUUGUCCUACGUGGAAGAUUUUACCUGGCCUGGCCUCGGCGUCGUCAGGUAUAAGGGCCAAAACGAAGAGGCACUGGAGAAGGACUUGGAGAAGAUAAACAGCAGCCUUCUGAAGAAGCUCAAUGAACUGGAAUCGGACCUGUUAUUUUCUUUAGGGCCCGAAUUUGGAGGAGAGAAGAACUGCAUUUACAUCGGAAUGGUCACUGAGGAUCUCGAUGUCUCGGAACUGGUGGAAACAAUUGCAGCAUCCGGUCGCGAAAUUGAAGAAAAUUCAAGGCUUUUGGAAAACAUGACCGAGGUUGUUCGAAAAGGCAUCCAAGAUGCACAGGUUCAGUUGCAAAAAGCCAACGAGGAACGCCUCCUGGAAGAGGGUUUGCUUCGACAGAUUCCUGUGGUGGGCUCGGUCGUCAACUGGUUUUCUCCAUUCCAUGCCUCACCAAAGGGACAAACCUUUAACCUAACUGCAGGUUCUUUGGAAUCCACGGAGACAACAUACAUAUCCAAAGCCCAGGGCACCGGGAUCACCCCACCUCCCACUCCCAUAUCAAGCCGUGGUAAACAGAAGUUCCCAGGUCAAAAACUGUUUAAACGGGCCGGCAGGAACUCGGAUGGGAUGAGCGAAACCAGCUCGGUGAGCCAAGCUACCGACUUGGACCGAGGAGAAUUCACAGCUUCUCCUCUCAAGCAGGAGAACGGCCAGCCGUCGAGCGAAAGCACGCCUCCUCUCCGCCAGGAAACCCCGAGCAUUUCCCCAGGCGCCACCUCUCAGGCCCCGGGAAAUGACCAUCCGUUAUCCGAGGAGCAAGAAAGCCUUAGAUAAAACCCAAGGCUCUGUGCAAUAAAAACUUUGUACAGGGGUUUUAAAAAAAAAGAAGAAAAAAAAAGGAAAGUGCACUUCACUCCAGAAGAGAAACCGAAUGACGCAUUUAAAAAAAAUGUGAAAACCAUGCCGGAGGUAGUCAAGUUACGAAUUGUUCUUCGUGUGUGAUUGGGCUGGAGGUUUUUGCACAAAAAUUAGUGGAAAGGCUGCUCUCGUCUCUCGCUCUCUCUCACUUUCUUUUUACUUGGUUUCCAAUUCUUCUCGUUUAUCCUGCGCACCCGUUUAGUGGCGAGGUUGGAUCUGGGGUGGCAUAGGAACGUUUUUCCUUCGUAGCGGGGAACGUGCAAGAAUUAGGAGCCAAACAAAUUGUCCCCACCAGAAAAAAUGCCUGAUAUUUUUUUUUUUUAAAUUAAAUUAAAAGUUGCUUUGCACAGACGUUCCUUGGUUUUUCUAAAUUGGAUUGUACUCUGUGCUGGGAUUAAGCUAAUCUAGUUCCUGUUUGCUGAGCCCACCAGCUGCUGGCUAUUUUUAAUUUAACAAGUGUUUAAAAUAUUUUUCAACGUCCGGCUGCCUUUACUGUUAACAUGGCGCUAUUUUGGGGGGAACGGGAUUAAGUCGCUUCCCAGUUCCCCACAUUUUCUGCCUCGACAGACUUACUGUCCUUUUUCGCCCCGUCUGUGAAUGAAAAAGGGAGAAGAUGAUUUUGCAUUUCACAGGGUCCUAAGAUUUGGCUCAAGGUAGCUUUAGAUGUUUCCUUGCCAGAGCCAAAUUAAAAAGUGUGGUGGGGGAGAGAGAAAUAUCACACAGAACAAAAACCCAGUUGGAAAAGUUUGCGUUGAAGGGACAUCCAUCCUUAUUGCUCAAUGCUGCUUUUGGGCAGAUUAGCAAGACGCCGAAAGCGGUGGCCCAUUGGUGUGGUUUUUUUUGUGUGUCUCCACCCCCCCCCCUCCUUGCCGUUCUUAGCUUUUCUCAUCGGUUGGUUGCAUUUGUUAAAUAUUGUAAAUAUUCAGAGAUAUUAGCUUAUUAUAUACAGUUACUGCACUACGGGAAAGAAAUACACACGCUGAGUUGAUUUGGGUUUUAAAGUUGAGAGUAGAUAUUUGAGUGUUGAUUCCUCACCUUGCUGAUCAAUUAUGCCUUCUUUUUUUUUUUCCCCUGAGACAUUUAGCUCUUUCUCCGUUAAACAGAGCAACUUGGGUCCCCGAAGAGAUUUGACUGCACUCGAUAUAUCGUCCCCUAUUCACCCCAUGUUCUGAUUUCGUUACACACACACACAUUCUUUUUUGAGCAAUGUUUCUCUAUAGCAGGGGUCUCCAACCUUGGCAACUUUUAAGACUUGUGGACUUCAACUCCCAGAGUUCCUUAGCCAGCAAAGCAAAGCAAAGCUGGCUGAGGAAUUCUGGGAGUUGAAGACCACAAGUCUUAGAUUUGCCAAGGUUGGAGAGCCUUGCUCUAUAGCACGGUCUUCCUCAAUGUGCUGAUCUGGGCACAUCGGACAGGUUUCCAACUAGAAACCCAAGAAUUUUUGGGGAAAUGAAAUUCAACAUCCCAAGACAGCAACAGUUGGGGUGGGGGAACGCUGUGGCAUUUAAUAAGAGUCCCGUUUAGUUUUCAUUAAUGAGUAAAGCUCGUGUAAGCAAAGGGACUUUUAUUGUCAGCAGUUGAAGACGCCGAUUCAAUUCUAACACAGAUAAUAAAAAUUAAGGAAUGGUAUUCUCAAAAUCAUUUUUUGUGGGUGGUGGUGAUAUAAUCCAAUGUUGAGACUCUCAGGCAUUCUAAGCAGAAAAAAUUGCUAGUCCCUUGACGAAAGAAAGAAAGUAAGUUUAAAACAGUCCCAUGUGGUCAUAAUUGUAGAAAUUUACGAAUUUGGAAACGGGAGAUAUUUUUUUGUUCUGCUUUAAAAUCCCAAGUAUCCAGACACGAUUCACAUCAGUUAUGGAGGUCCUCGCCAAACUAGAUCUUACAGCGAAUGCUAGAAUUCUCUCCUCUCUUCUAAUAAUUUACUUGAGGAUCUGUUAUCCUUUGCACUCAAGUGGGCAUUAAGAGUUACAAGUUUUGCUUAAUAUUAUUUAUGGAGGUUGAGGUAAUGGAUCAUCAGAUCUAGCUUACUCUAGAGUAACCAGUUUCUUGAAGCUCAGCUAGAACCAAUUGGAGCUCUCCCAUGGGUACUGCAGCAACGAGCUUUAAUCACCAAAAGUUUGUUAAAGUUUAACAACAGUUUGUUCAUUCUUGAUUGAAGAUUAUCACUGGUUAAAUGUACAGUUAACUUCCAACUAUUAAGGGUUGAUUUUUCUAAAGUGCACAUUUAAUUCCUGUCUUCCUUUUGACUGUUUAUUUAGUGCAAUGAUUUAUAUUAACUUGGGUUCAUGGGGGUUGGGGGGAAAGGUUAAAGUUAUAAUUGUUAAUAUAAAUUUUAAUGUUUUAUAUCAAGCUGGCAGUUUUGCUGGAAUACAGUCCUAAUUUAGAUACUUCCUAAAUGCUUCAAUAAAGGUUCUUCAACUUGU